AUUAAGCGCUUACUGUGUGCUGGGACACCCGGAAAGGCAAAAACCAAACCUUCCCUACGCUCGAGGAGCUCAAUCUGAGAAGAAGGGGCGAAGAUGUUUCAUGGUGAUGAUAUGGCAUCUGCUAGCUCCAGCAGGGCAGGGGUGGGCCUGCCUUUCGAGAAGUCUCAGCUUACUUUGAAAGUGGUGUCAGCAAAGCCCAAGGUGCACAGUCGCCAGCCUCGCAUUAACUCCUUUGUGGAGGUGGCAGUGGAUGGGCUCCCCAGCGAGACGAAGAAGACUGGGAAACGGAUUGGGAGUUCUGAGCUUCUCUGGAAUGAAAUCAUCGUCUUGAAUGUCACAGCACAGAGCCACUUAGAUCUGAAGGUCUGGAGCUGUCAUACCCUGAGAAAUGAGUUGCUGGGCACUGCUUCUGUCAAUCUCUCCAGCGUGCUGAAGAACAACGGGGGUAAAAUGGAGAACACACAGCUGACCCUGAACCUGCAGACAGAGAACAAAGGCAGCGUUGUCUCAGGCGGAGAGCUGACAAUUUUCCUGGACGGGCCAACUGUUGAUCUGGGAAGUGUGCCUAAUGGCAGUGCCGUGACAGACGGAGCACAGCUACCUGGGAGAGAGCCCAGUGGGACAGCUCCUGCGACCGAGGCCCGGCACCAGCCGCCCAGCACAAACUGCUUUGGAGGUAGAUCCAGGACACACAGACAUACUGUUGGACCAACCAGAGCCACGGCAAAUGUUGAACAGAGCCCUAAUAGCAGGAAUCGGCACCGGCAACCGGCCAAGAGUCAGAACCAUAGUGGCUUGGCUAAUGGAACAAUGAGUGGAGAAUCUGCAGCAGCCACUGAUCCUGAAGAGCACCCCGUGGUUGGUGUGACUUCCCCCCCUGCUGCAGUGUCAAGUGUGACCCCGAACCCCGGGACUACUUCUGUCCCGGCCUCGGCAGAACCUAGGGAAGGACAGGAGCCGGGUUCUAGCGUCAGUGCCCAGCAGUCCCUUGUAGCAGCACAGGCUUCGGAAACACUGCCUCCUGGGUGGGAGCAACGAGAGCUGCCCAACGGGAGGGUCUAUUAUGUUGAUCACAAUACGAAAACGACUACUUGGGAAAGGCCUCUUCCCCCAGGCUGGGAAAAGCGUGUGGACCCCCGAGGAAGAUAUUACUAUGUGGACCACAACACCAGGACCACUACCUGGCAGCGUCCAACAGCAGAGUACGUGAGGAACUAUGAACAGUGGCAGUCUCAAAGGAAUCAGCUGCAGGGGGCCAUGCAGCAGUUCAGCCAAAGAUUCCUCUACCAGUCUUCUGGUGCCUCAUCUGACCAUGAUCCACUCGGCCCUCUUCCUCCUGGCUGGGAAAAGAGACAGGACAAUGGACGGGUGUAUUAUGUCAAUCACAACACCCGCACCACCCAGUGGGAGGACCCUCGUACCCAAGGGAUGAUCCAGGAGCCUGCCCUGCCCCCAGGCUGGGAAAUGAAAUACACCAGUGAGGGGGUGCGCUAUUUUGUGGACCACAACACACGCACCACGACUUUUAAGGACCCACGUCCCGGAUUUGAAUCAGGAAACAAGCAAGGCGGUUCUCCUGGAGCCUAUGAUCGAAGCUUUCGCUGGAAGUAUCACCAGUUCCGUUUUCUCUGCCAUUCAAAUGCCCUACCCAGCCACGUGAAGAUCAGUGUGUCCAGGCAGACGCUUUUUGAGGAUUCUUUCCAGCAGAUCAUGAACAUGAAGCCAUACGACCUCCGUCGCCGGCUGUACAUCAUCAUGCGUGGUGAGGAGGGCCUGGACUAUGGUGGUAUUGCCAGAGAGUGGUUCUUCCUCCUGUCUCACGAGGUGCUCAACCCCAUGUAUUGUUUGUUUGAAUAUGCCGGGAAGAACAAUUACUGUCUGCAGAUCAACCCGGCCUCCUCCAUCAACCCAGACCACCUCACCUACUUCCGCUUCAUCGGCAGGUUUAUAGCAAUGGCACUCUAUCAUGGAAAGUUCAUUGACACUGGCUUCACCCUCCCCUUCUACAAGCGGAUGCUAAACAAGAGACCAACGCUAAAGGACCUCGAGUCCAUCGAUCCCGAAUUCUACAACUCCAUUGUCUGGAUCAAAGAAAACAACCUGGAGGAGUGUGGGCUGGAGCUGUACUUCAUCCAGGACAUGGAGAUCCUGGGCAAGGUGACAACCCACGAAUUGAAGGAAGGCGGCGAGAGCAUCCGUGUCACGGAGGAGAACAAAGAAGAAUACAUCAUGCUGCUGACAGAUUGGAGAUUUACCCGAGGUGUGGAAGAGCAGACCAGAGCUUUCCUGGAUGGCUUCAAUGAAGUGGCUCCAUUGGAAUGGCUCCGCUAUUUUGAUGAGAAGGAACUCGAGUUGAUGCUGUGCGGCAUGCAGGAGAUUGAUAUGGCUGACUGGCAGAAGAACACCAUCUACCGUCACUAUACCAAGAACAGCAGACCCAUCCAGUGGUUUUGGCAGGUGGUGAAGGAGAUGGACAAUGAGAAAAGGAUCCGCCUGCUGCAGUUUGUCACCGGCACCUGCCGCCUGCCUGUGGGAGGAUUUGCCGAACUCAUCGGCAGUAACGGACCCCAGAAGUUCUGCAUCGACAAGGUUGGCAAGGAAACCUGGCUGCCUCGGAGCCACACCUGCUUCAACCGUCUGGAUCUUCCCCCCUACAAGAGCUAUGAGCAGCUGAAGGAGAAGCUGCUGUAUGCCAUUGAGGAGACAGAGGGUUUUGGGCAGGAGUGAUGAAGAGUAGCCUCUCUCGAGUUCCCUGUCAUGCCAUGCUGGGCAGUCACUGAGUCCUGUCUUUGUGGCAGCAGGACAAUGGACUCUCAGGAGGUCCCCACAGUGUGGUGGGGGUCUCUAAGUCUCCUCGCAUUGGCAGAUUUUCCCCAGGCCCUACUGCCCACGGGCUCCUGCCCCCACUCUUGGCAGCCAGCUGGUGGGAGACUGGAAUGGAGCCUGGGAUUACCCAUCACCCCUCUUCUCACAGUGUGUGAGAGUGUGUGUGUGUGUGUGUGUGUGUGUGUGUGUGUGUGUGUGUCCUGUAUCAGAGACCAGAGGGCCAGAAUCUCCUCAGUGAAGGUGUUCCCACCUUCCCCAGUGCUGGAGAAUCACAUUUGUGAGUUGGGGGGAAGGAACCCCUAUUCUCAUUGGACCAAGCAAAUGCCCAGAAGAAGGGGUGAUGAGAGAUACAGGUUAGAUGAGCUUCUUGGGGGAGGUUUCCCUUGCCUUUCCCAAUAGGAGACAUUUUGGUGUUUUGAAAUAGAAGUUUAAAAUUUUUUUAGUGAUUCAUUUAAAUUGAAUGUGAGAGUGAGGGAUUUGGGGUGCAGCCUGAGGGCCAGGCUGAGCCCAGCGGGGGCUCAGCACUACAGGCCCCUGGGGUGGAGGAGGGGCUGAGGCCAUGGCAGUGGUCACUCCUGAUUAGCAGAUCAUGGGUUUUUGUUUAUUCCUUUUUGUGUGAUGCUGCUGUCGUUCCAUGGAGCCCGAGCUCUGGGUUGGGCUGGGACUUUUGGGGAACCAGGCCCCAAGGGCUCGAGUUCUCCCCUCCUCCCUCUCAGGGACACAGUCCAAGGUCUUCUAAGCUUAGGUCUAGCCUUCAGAGGACUGCAUAGGCUUGUGAGGGCCAUUUUCCUAAAGACAGGGGCUCUGUGCAGAAACGAGUUCUCUGAAAGCUCCCCUGGAGCAGGGCCCAGCUUGGCAGGAGAGUUGGCCACCGGCUAAUUCAGCCUCCUCCACCCAGGGGCCUUGUGUCUCUGCCAGAGCAGGGGAUUUGGUGGGUGAACCCUGACUUACAGGCUCCUGGUUCCCUUUUCCUGCCCCAGAGAGGCCCUCUUCAGUGUACCCCAUCAUCUCCUGUUGUGGAGCGAGACAGGAAGGGUCAGCGUUGGGCAGCCUUCUUUCUGCACCUGCUGAAUAGAAUUCCAUCAGUCUGCUAGAAAGGAAGGCAGGAAGCGGCACCUUUCACCCCCAGUGUCUGGGCCCCCAUGUUUGCCUUUCCCCCUUUGCCUUCUAGAUUCCAGCAGGUGUGCUUUACUCAAGGAGUCCCCCAAUGCCUCCUCCAUCUCCUCCUUGCCUGACCCGACCUGUGCCAUAGGGUUCUAGCUUUAAAUAGGAUUCUUGGGCAGCUGCUUCCUGGCUGGUUCCACUUCAUGGGGGCCUGAGCCUGGCAGCUCCACGUUGAUGUGUGUCGUGUCCUCCUUGGAAUGAUGGCCAGCUUGGGGUGGGGAAACCAGCCCUUGUUUCCUCACUUGUUUGCUGGGUUGUACUGCGACCCGUUUGAUCAUGCAGGCUGCAGCUGCUGGGGCUUCCUGCCUUGGCCGAGAGCUGUCAGUACUAGGUUGUGUGUGUGUGUGUGUGUGUGUGUGUGUGUGUGUGUGUGUCUGUGUGUGUGUCUGUGUGUGUGUCUGUGUGUGUGUCUGUGUGUGUGUUCGCUCGUAUGCGUGUACAUAUGUGUAUAUAAAUGAAGCGUCUGUAAAAAAAACUACUUCUGUAGCAGCAGGCUGGUCACCAGCUCAUUUUGUAAUAUCCCUUCUGCCUCAAUGCUGAUCUCUUGUGCAAUAAACAAUCAGCAGCUGCAGGAG